CCCACCACCACAACUCCACAAGGAAAUCUCCACAGCCAGCGAGAUGCCGCUCCGCCGCCUCCUACGCCUGUCCGCGGUCGUCUCCGGCGGCCUCCGCCGCUCCCUCACCACCGCCGCCUCGCAUCCCCGGUGGGACGCGAUGGGCGCCACGGCGUCGGCGCCCCCCGGAGCGCCGAGCGCGGGGGUGUACCUCUAUCACCCGCCGCGCGUCUCCCAACUGUACGUCCCGGAGCACCUCGCCUACACCGGCGCCGUCCCCGACCCCGACAGCGACGUCACGCAGGUUUUCGGCGGCGAGGUCUGCGCCGCGAGCGGCGACGGCCUCCUCCUCCUCGUCUACUCAGACUUCCGCUUCGUGGCCCCCGUCGUCGCCAAGCAGGGCGCCCAUCGGCUGCGGCAGACGCCCAGCACGCCCACCGUCGACCCCACCCACGUCCCCGCCACCACGCACUUCGUCUUCAACCCUGUCACCCGCCAGCUAUCCCGCCUCCCCUACAUCGCCUGCCACCCGGUGGUGAAGUUCUUGUACGGCCGCGGCAUGGGCCUCCUCACCCAUGCCGACCGCGGGCACGGGCACGGGCCGCCUGACAGGUUCGCCGCCGCCAACCUGCUUGAGGGGAACCUCAUGCUCCGGUUCCUCUCGCACAAAGACAUGUGGGAGAUCGUGGCGGUCCCGCCGUGCCAGCUCCCGUCUGCGCGGCGGUUGAAGAUAAACCAAGAGCCGCUGGCGUUCCGCGGCCGCCUGUGGUGGGUCGACGUGAUCUGGGGCGCAGUCUCCGCCGACCCCUUCAGCGACCGGCCGGAGCUCUCCUUCGUCGAGCUGCCGAGGGGCAGCGUGCUCCCUGCAGGCGCUCAGGAGGACCAAGCGCUCGGCCUAGGGAGUAUGUUGCCUGACGCCGACAGCAUCUUGUGCUGGAGGAAGGCCCCCGUCAGGUACCGGCGCGUGGGCGUCAGCGAAGGGCGGCUGCGGUACGUCGAGGUCUCUCGAGAGGAGCCGUUUCUACUCAGCUCCUUCGCGCUCGAUGACGAAGGCAGCGGCUGGACGCUGGAGCACCGGGUGGCGCUCAGCAAGCACUUGCCGGAGGGGAAGACGCCGCAAAUUGGCCUUCUUGAUCCUCUUAACGCCAAUGUGGUGUACCUCAUGGUUGACGAGCAAACCAUUAUCGUCGUGGACAUGGACAGGAAGGAGGUGACUGGGAGCUAUCUGUCUAAUGUCGACGUCUCCUACAUACCAUGUGUUCUUCCACCAUGGCUUGGAUCGACCCGGAUCCCUUCUGCAGGCAAGAAGGACCCUGUGACUAACAAGACUUUGUCAGACGUCCUGGUUCGCUCUAAAAUCCUGUAGAAGAGACUAAGAUUUCUCAAAACUAGCCGAUGCUGCUCCGUAAUCAAUUAGGAAGCUGAUGGUGGUAUCUUACUGAACUCUUAUUUUGGUGAAAAUCUGCAGGAGUCUUGGUUUGAUGGUGUUUCGCGAUCAACUUAACUGCAUCUCCUUCGUAGGGAAAUUGGAGAGAAUUUUCAGACUAUCCGGUUCCGGUCACAGCAGAACAUUAAACAGAUCCAGCAUGUAACGACCAUUACUGAACAUCAUAUAUGCUGUGUUUGCUAGCUAGCCAAUAUAUUCCUAGGGCAUGGUUACUCCGAUGAAAAAUCUCAUUUAGGGAUUUCGGCGUAUGUCAUCCAUGCAGCAUUGGUGGUUUGUUCCAGUGCAGUAUUGCUAUUUGUGUCCUGAGUAAUGUAUGCUUUUGUUCUAGUUGAUGGUAUAUUGGCAUAUUGCUCUUGAUUUUAG